AUGGCGAAUCCUACUCAGUCAGACCCUGCCGCUGAUCAGGCAGCAGCAGCCCUCUACGCCGAGCAAUACCAUCAAUACACCCAACAAGUUCAAGCAUAUCAGACUUGGUUGGCUGCAAACCCUGGAUAUCAACCACCAGGAACCGCCGCGCCCGCUCCAUCUACUGCCGCGCCCGAUUACUCUGCGUACUAUCAACAAUACGGUACCCAGCCCGCUGCAGUUGCACACACACAGGCUCAGCACCAACAAGCACUCUCCUCAGAAGAAUACGCCCAGCAAUACGCCGCUUAUUACGCUCCGUAUAACGCUACUCAAGCCAAUUCAUCUGCCCCACCUUCCACUGGAGCCCCCGCACCAGCAGCCGCUCCCUACAACGGACACGCAGCCUAUCAAGACUACUACGCACAGCAAGGCCAUCAACCUUACUCAUACCCACCUUCUGCUGCUCCCGGUGCCCAGGCUCAUCAACACCAGUACCCUGGUUACCAGACCUCUGCUCCAGGGACUCAGCAAGCGCCAGCUGCUCCCUCCGCACUAACCGCUUACCCUUAUUCUUCUCACCAGCAGCAGCCCCCCUCGGCUUAUUCUUCUUCCUAUAGCAACCAAGGACCUCCAGGACAGAACGGCAAUUACUCAAAGCCAUACAACGCACAGGCGAAUUCAUCUCAUUCGGGUUACCAGCCGGGGUAUCAGGGCAAGCAGCAUUGGAACGGCAAGCCUAACAACCACCAGCCGUUUGACAACCAAGCCUUUCAAAAGCAGAAGCAUUUAGAGGCAGAACAACGUCAGAAGCGAGCUCGCGAGGAACAGGAUAAAGUUCACAUUCAACAAAAACUCCACACCACCACUCUCAACGACGACGGUUACUCAGGACAGAACGGAACCGACAUGUCGAAACUUGCACACGAGAAGACCAAGGAGUCAUCAGGAGUUGCAAGCAACAGCGAGGGUUGGCCUCAGUCGCUGAAGGAUUAUGUUCAACGUGUCUUUGAGACCAUCGCCGACGAGGAGCGCGACGUCGCACAGAAAGAUUUGAGAGACAUGGUAUCAAAGCACCAUUCCGAUGGCACACUGUGGAACAUCGAGUGGGAAAAGAUGACCGUCCCAAACAAGUACAAGACCAAGAAGGACAAGGAGAAAGAGAGGGCUUCACGCAAGAUGAGCGAUUCGCCUGAGCCAAAGACUGCAGGAGAGGAGGAGACGAGACGUCGCGAAAAGCGCCAGCGACGCUUCGAGGAUACCAUGAGCGACAUUGUGCCCAAGAAAUCCAAACCUGUGUAUACCGCCCCUGUUUUCAACUCUGAUGUGAUUGACUGGGAUGAAUGCACGAUCGUCGGUACAAGCACCCAGCUUGAGAAGAACUACCUGCGCUUAACUUCGGCACCUGACCCUUCGACUGUUCGCCCUGUUCGUGUUCUUCAAAAGACCUUGGACCUUUUGAAGGAGAAGUGGCGUAAAGAUCAGAACUACGCCUACAUCUGCGACCAGUUCAAGAGUGUGCGUCAGGAUCUCACUGUUCAACGUAUCAAGAGCGAGUUUACGGUUACGGUCUACGAAAUUCACGCGAGAAUCGCACUUGAAAAGGGCGAUCUCGGCGAGUACAACCAGUGCCAGACCCAGCUCAAGCAGCUCUACGAGUACAACUUGCAGGGGCACGUAAUGGAAUUUACAGCCUACCGCAUCCUGUACCUCCUCCACACCCGCAACCCUUCUGGUGAGUUCAAGUUUGUGGCCAACUUCUAUAUCAUUGCCAUGUUGGCAUCAUUGACACCAGCUCAGAAGCAUGAUCCAGCUGUCAAGCACGCAUUGAAGGUUCGUACGGCGUUGGCGUCGUCGAACUACCAUGCGCUCUUCAAGCUGUACAUUAGCGCUCCCAACAUGGGCGGAUAUCUGAUGGACCAGUUCGUUGAACGUGAGCGGGUCGAAGCCAUGAAGAAGAUAUGCAAGGCAUAUCGUCCACACAUUGAGGCUUCGUUUUUGAGGUCUACAUUGGGAUUUAUUGAUGACUUGGAAUGCAUGGGAUUCUUGAAGGCAAUUGGAGUGGUCUCGUGUUUGAAUCAGGACAGUGGACCAGGCAAGAAGCGAUACCAGUUUAUGGAUACAAAAGCGGCGCUCCCUUACGUGUUGGAGGCAGGAAAGAAGUAUCAGACGGUUGACAUCAAAGGACAAAUCUAA